ACUUGCUAGCCACCACUGACAAGUAAUUUAAUUUUCAUAACCGUCGUCCACCGACCCAGCACAUGUUACACUUGGGUGUUUUAAAUGGGAAAAUCGUUGUAACUAGCUAUUUGUUAGUCCAAUUAGCUAGUUAGUCGUUUGGGUGCGGCGUUUUGUUGUUGAGGCCAUCCAGGUGGUGGCAAGCAGUGUCUUCUGCAGGUAGACUUCUCUUGGGUAGUUGUGAUAGUGUCACUAGGUAUUAUGGCUAAUUUCAUGUGAACAUGGAACAAAAAAGUCCAUACAUGUAUUUGACUGAAAUUCAGUAGUUAGGCCUAGAAAGAUUGCCAGUAUUGGCGGUUUUAUCUGAAUUUGAGUAUUGGUUAUUUGCGAAAUAAUUAACCAAGCGUUGGUUAUCAUAAACGUUUGGGUUUACAGGCCUCCAACAGUAAUUGACUGAAAAGCACUGUGCAAUGUUGCCUAACGAAUCAUACUGUGAUACCCCUGGUUACACAGUCUGGGAUUAAUGCCAUGCAGUUGUUUGGAAAAUGUCUACAUGCCAGAAUGUUGAAUACAAUUUAAUUUGAAUUUACUCUACCGGUUGUCUGUGUGGUUUGUCCUUUUGCGGAUAGGAAUUUGAGAAAAGUAUCUACAGGGAGGUAUAAUUAAACCGACAACCAUGUAAACACCUGCAAGACUUAGGGUAGUAUGCAUGCAUUGUGGGCAUGUCCUUCCGUCCUGUGCCCAUGCUUCAGGUGAAGAGUAAACAAUCCAGAUCCACGUUUUGAUGUCGGUUUAAUAAUACUUUCCUGUGAAUAGUUUGUCAAUUUUAAAGGUAGGACAAAAUCAGCACAUAAAGGGUAGAUAGAGUAAGUUCAAAUGAAGAUUAUUCAACAUUCUGACUUGUAAAGGGACUGUUUGGUAUUGAGUGGAAGCUUCUACACUCUGAUUCGUAGAGGCAAUGUAGCCUCUUCGCUCCAGGAGACUUGUACACAUUUGGCUCCCAUCGCUGAAGGCUACAUCCCGUAUCCCCGAAAACAUAUUCAUCAGCCCUUUACUUAUUUCCAAUAAAUUUCCCGUCACCGAAGGCAAAUCUAUAGCCUAAUUCGGAAUGCCUUACAAUGGUUAUACAAUGUUUUCCAGAGCUUACCAAAUUCAUUCCAUAUUUCCCUAAAGGUACAAUGGGAUCACGCUGGGAUCUUGCAUAGCAACUAUAACGGACUGAAGGGACUAGGGAGUGAGCUUCGGGAAAUGUGGUUUUAAACUUAUUUUACCGAAGUAGUAAACACAUUGUAUAACCCAUACCGACUGGUAAGGUAUUCCGGGUUUAUAGAUCUUACUUCAUUUUUGUUUUUAGGAAAUGGGUCAACCCAGAGGACUGGUAAAUAUGUUUUGGGGGAUAUGGGAAGUAGCCUUCAGUGACGGUAGCCCACUGUGUACAGGUCUCCUGGAGCAAAGCGGCUACAGUGGGGCAUAAAAGUAUUAAGUCAGCCACCAAUUGUGCAAGUUCUCCCACUUAAAAAGAUGAGAGAGGCAUGUCAUUUUCAUCAUAGGUACACGUCAACUAUCACAGACAAAAUGAGAAAACAAAUCCAGAAAAUCACAUUGUAGGAUUUUUAAUGAAUUUAUUUGCAAAUUAUCGUGGAAAAUAAGUAUUUGGUCACCUACAAACAAGCAAGAUUUCUGGCUCUCACAGACCUGUAACUUCCUCUUUAAGAGGCUCCUCUGUCCUCCACUCGUUACCUGUAUUAAUGGCACCUGUUUGAACUUGUUAUCAGUAUAAAAGACACCUGUCCACAACCUCAAACAGUCACACCCCAAACUCUACUAUGGCCAAGACCAAAGAGCUGUCAAAGGACACCAGAAACAAAAUUGUAGACCUGCACCAGGCUGGGAAGACUGAAUCUGCAAUAGGUAAGCAGCUUGGUUUGAAGAAAUCAACUGUGGGAGCAAUUAUUAGGAAAUGGAAGACAUACAAGACCACUGAUAAUCUCCCUCGAUCUGGGGCUCCACGCAAGAUCUCACCCCGUGGGGUCAAAAUGAUCACAAGAACGAUGGCUGCGAUCCGUAAGAAGCUGGUGAUCGUGGGAGAUGGUGCUUGUGGGAAGACCUGUCUGUUGAUAGUCUUCAGUAAAGACCAGUUCCCUGAGGUCUACGUACCUACAGUGUUUGAGAACUAUGUGGCAGAUAUUGAGGUGGACAGUAAGCAGGUGGAACUGGCCCUCUGGGACACAGCCGGACAGGAGGACUACGACAGACUAAGGCCUCUCUCCUACCCUGACACUGACGUCAUCCUCAUGUGCUUUUCCAUAGAUAGUCCUGACAGCUUGGAGAAUAUCCCAGAGAAGUGGACCCCUGAAGUAAAGCACUUCUGUCCAAAUGUGCCCAUCAUUCUUGUGGGUAAUAAGAAGGACUUGCGGAAUGAUGAGCACACACGUCGGGAGUUAGCAAAAAUGAAGCAGGAACCAGUGAAGCCAGAGGAGGGCCGGGACAUGGCUAACCGCAUCAACGCGUUUGGCUACUUGGAGUGCUCAGCCAAGACGAAAGACGGUGUGAGGGAGGUGUUUGAGAUGGCCACCAGGGCGGCGCUGCAGGCCAAGAAACGUGGCAAGAAGAAUGCCUGUCUCCUGCUAUAGAGAACUGGGGAAAGAUGGGAGGGGAGGGGUAAAUAAAUCAGGCCAAGGAAAAUGCUGCACCCCUCUGUCUCCAUCUGUGGAAGGGUGGGGGAGGUUCGAGGUGUGCAAGGGAGAAAAAGAUAAUUAACAAGGCCUAAGGAAAUGGAGAAGGUCAAAUAUAAUGAAAAGGGGAGUUUACAUUUAAGGCCAAGGUGGCCGUCAACGGCUUUCGGUAUAAGAUUAUCGUAUGGUUAAGAUUUUUUUAUUGGGUCUUGGAUGACUAGAAGGGUAAAGCAAAAAACACUAUCUCUGGUAAACUUAUGUCUGAGCGUGGUAGUGAUCUCUGAGGAACAGGGUAAGAUUGGUGUUCUUGAUCGGGUCAGAAACCCCAGCGCUAUUGGCCUGGUUCAUAGAGCGGAGCACCAUCAGAGAAAAGGGGGGAUUCAUUACAUCAGAAUGAAUGUAUGUUCUGACUCUCGGUGACCUCCUUGGCUUGCAGUGUGUCAGUGCUUGUCUUUAAUUUCUGUCCAGCCAUACCAUAGGUGUUUAUUUUCUUUGUUCUCCCUAUGGAUAGACUAACCCUAUCCUUGUGUGGACCAGCACCUCCUAUCAUAUUAUUGGUCCAAUCACAUUGUUCACUUGAUACAAGCAAUUUUGAUUUAUUUAAAUAGCUAAAUGUUUUUAUUUGCCUUUGACUAUAGAAUUCAUAUUAAAAUGCAUACAAUAAUGAUUACAACUGAUUUUUGUUAGUUUUAUAAGCCUGUUCAUAAAUUGUAAUGAAAAAUUAUUUUAGAAUUUGGUUUUGUCACAAGUUGGGCUCAAGUCAGAUAAAGAUGUACAUUUGAUGUGGACUGUUAGACACGGGUUUGAAAGGGAAGUAUGACUUUUGUAUUAAGUGAUACUAAGUUUAGCAAAUUUUGGGUUUUGCAAAUUUUGUAUUUUCUGCUUGCAGAUUGUUUUUGCCUGCAUGCCAGGCUGUUAUUGGGAGUGAGUUAAGUGUUGACCUCUCACUCCCUCCAGUCCACCCCACACUCCAUGUCUUUCUAACAACUGUUGAUUAUGGCUUAUACUAUAUCAGUUAUGCAUAUUUAGCAAAUCUAGUAACUUUAGAAUGAAAGUUUAAGAAUACAAUGCAAAAUGCUUAAAGUAAUUCAUGAAUAAGAUGUCAAACUAUUAAAUACAAGUAACUUUAAAAA